AUGGCACAUGCAAAAUUUGUGGUUCCAGCCAAUCUAACGCUUCGACAAACACUCAAUUUGCUGUUCUCUAUAGUUGAAAGUCAGUUCAAGAAUUGUCAAGAAAACAUUCAGUCGGCCGGGAACGACUUUGCAUUACUUGGAAAAUUACCCAAAGCACUGUCCCACGUACUUCUUUACUUGGGAGAUGGUCUGAUUCAGGUGGAAAACAGUUAUAAAGUGAGAGAUGUUCUCUUAUUGAAAGACCCUGACGUUGGAGACAUUAUCAGUGAUCUCCGAAUUUUGGAACAUGAUAUAAAGAAGACUCGUGCUUCGGUGGAGAAACAAGUCGAGAGAGAGGAUAGUGCUGGCCGAGUAGUGUCACCAUCUGCACAUUCUAAUAGCCAUUUUUCGCUUUCGAGUCUUCUGAAAAAGACUAAAAUAUCGAGCAAGAAAGAAGAGCUGCGGAGAACCCAAGAGCUUCGAAGAGCACAGGAAGUCGAAGAGUUGAAAAAAUCGAAAAAAGAGGAACAAGAACGAAUCCAGCGGGAAAAAGAAGCCCAGGAUAAAAUCCUGGAAGAAGAACACGCUCGUAUGCUGGAGCAGACUAUAAAGCGUCAAGUGGAACGAGAAAUGGCAAACAUGGCAAGUCGUGAACAGAUUGCUGCUGUCCAGAAAGAGAAAAAAGCUAAACCAGCAGCGUUUGAAAAGCCCAAGGCACCUUACGAGCGCACAUCAAUGGAAGUGAGAAGGUCUCCACGCCGAUCUGCGGAUGAACUAAGAAGACGAAGUCUUGACGGUGGUGCUAGGGCUAAAAGUGCCGCAAUUGCUGCACAUAGUCGUCAGGCGUCGGAAACUAAUCUCUCAACCUCUGGUGGUGUCAAUCGCGCUGCCCAACUAGCAUGGUCCCAGAUGAACCCAACACAGGAAAAAGUUGCCAAACCGCUCAUUAUAUCGGACACGGGACAGUCUUCAUCUCCUAAACCGAGGUACGAGUACGUGAAACCGACCAUCAAGAGACCAACUAUUAGGGUUCCCGGGAAGAACGUUUUCCAUCGAAAUCAGAGUGGUGCGGAGCCCAGGAGUGAGGUACGUCGCACGAGCGAAAGAGAGUAUCGAGCGCGUUCGCCAAAGUCUCCUAAACCUACGGCGCCAGUGCAUUCCCGCUCUUUCUCGCCCGAGGUCAAGUCACCAAAGUCAAUGACUCCAGAAGUCGAGCUAUCCCCGCAGGAGAAAAGAGUUAGCGAGGUCAUGCAGACACUCGAAGGAGUUGAUGAAGAAGCCUGUCAGCACAUAAUAAACGAGAUCAUGGUCUUUGGGGAAAAGGUUUACUGGGAUGAUAUUGUGGGUCUUAACAACGCCAAGAACUCAUUGAAGGAAACUGUCGUAUACCCGUUUUUAAGACCUGAUCUCUUCAAGGGGCUUCGAGAGCCUGUUUCCGGUAUGUUAUUAUUUGGACCUCCAGGAACAGGCAAAAGCAUGAUCGCAAAGGCUGUCGCUACAGAAUCGCAAUCGACGUUUUUCAGUAUAAGUGCCUCAUCACUACUUUCGAAGUACCUGGGAGAGUCAGAAAAAUUGGUGAGGGCUUUAUUCUACCUGGCAAAAAGGCUCUCCCCAUCAAUCAUUUUUAUCGAUGAGAUUGACUCCUUACUGACGUCGCGAUCAGAGAAUGAGAAUGAGUCCUCCAGAAGAAUAAAAACGGAAGUCUUAAUACAGUGGUCGUCACUGUCUAGUGCAACUGCACGAGAACGGGAAGAAGGACGUUUAGAGAGCGGUCGCGUGCUUGUUUUGGCAGCAACUAAUUUGCCCUGGGCCAUAGACGAAGCAGCACGUAGACGUUUCACCAGGAGACUACAUAUACCUUUGCCAGAGCCCGAAACCAGAAUCUCACAUCUCAAACGGCUACUUGCCCACCAAAAAAACGCGCUCACCGAACGAGAUUUCGAGUCAAUUGGAAAGCUCACAGAGGGAUACUCGGGGUCUGACAUGACGGCACUGGCAAAGGACGCCGCAAUGGAGCCUAUUAGAGAACUUGGAGACAAACUGAUAGAUGUUGAUUUCACCAAGAUUAGAGGCAUAAAUCUACAGGAUUUCCAGAACGCUUUAUUGACGGUGAAGAAAAGUGUGUCACCGGAGUCCUUAUCGAAAUUCGAUGAUUGGGCUGUGAGUUUUGGAAGUCACGGUGCUUAA